GUUGAUGUUUCUAAAAAGCCUUUCUUGAAUGCAAAUAAAUUUUAUGAAGAAAAAUCAAUAGAAGAAACAGGUUCUUCUACUGCCUAUCUUAUUUAUAAGAAAGUACUCAAUAAAGCCUUGAAAAGCCAAAUGAAAUCACAACAACUCAUCAAUCUUUUACAAGAAUUUGCAGAAAAAAUUGAUAAGAUAUCUAAAAACUCAUCUGAAGACUCAUCUGAAGUUAAAGUCAAUAGUAAUAAAGAAAAUUAG